GGAAUAAACCUUCCCGGAACAACGGUUGAUUUGCCCGCUGUCACUGAAAAAGAUAAAGCAGACUUAUUGUUCGGUAUCGAACAGAAUGUGGACAUCAUUUUUGCUUCGUUUAUCCGAAGCGCUGAGGGAAUUCGUGAAAUUCGAAAAAUCCUUGGAGAGCGCGGUAAGCACAUAGCCAUUAUCGCAAAAAUCGAAUGUGAAGAUGGACUGAUGAAUGCUGAUGAGAUUGUCAAUGAAGCGGAUGGCAUAAUGGUUGCUCGAGGAGAUCUUGGAAUUGAAAUUGCUCCCCAGAAAGUGUUCUUGGCACAAAAAAUGUUGGUGGCCAAAUGCAAUAUGGCAGGAAAACCUGUAAUCUGUGCAACCCAGAUGUUGGAGAGUAUGAUAAAAAAUGCUCGACCUACUAGAGCUGAAUGUAGUGAUGUUGCAAAUGCUGUUCUGGAUGGAGUGGACUGUGUGAUGUUGUCCGGUGAAACCGCUAAAGGACUUUAUCCUAUGGAAGCUCUCAUGAUGAUGCAUUCAAUUUGUAAAGAAGCCGAAACUGCAUUUUACUACACAAAAUAUUAUGAAGAAAUCAUGUUCCAUACAAAUAAGCCAACCGAUCGGACUCAUACCACUGCCAUCGGAGCAGUGUCCGCUGCUGUGUCAUGCAGAGCCAGUGCAAUCAUUCUCAUUACUACUACUGGAAGUACUGCAAUGCUGUGCUCUCGCUAUCGUCCGCCAGUUCCAGUGAUAUCCAUUACACGAGACGAACGAGUUGCUCGUCGGCUACAUCUCUACAGAAGCGUUUUUCCCUUACAUUUUUCCAAACCACGGGAAGCCGACUGGCAAGCUGACAUCGACGAGCGCAUUGAAUUCGGUAUUGCAGCUGGCAAAAGGCAUGGAAUUAUAUGGGCGGGAGAUCCGUUGGUGGUCGUCACUGGAUGGCAUCAAGGUUAG